UAAUAAUAAUAAACGCGCAGCCUCCCCUGCUGCUCCGCCCCAUCGCCUCCUCUCCUCCUCCACAAUGGCCGCCUCCUUUGCCAUCUUCACUCCUUCCUCCGCCAGAGCCGCGUUCUUCUCCGCAGCAUCCGCCGAUUACUCUCGCUCGCGCCUCUCGUCGCCUCUUCUUCUGCCUCCUCGGAUCGCCAGAACACUUCGGCUGAGACCCGUCUCUUCUUCCAUCCCCUCCCCCGUCCUCGAUUCUACUUCCCGAUCCAAGACUGGUAAAUGGGAGUGGAAGUUCAAUGGAAAUUCUGUGAACGUCUACUUUGAGGAGCACGAGGCGGAGAGUGCUGCAAAUGCCAAACAGAUUCUUCUCGUCCCCACGAUCUCGGAUGUUAGCACAGUCGAUGAGUGGAGGACGGUCGCCAAAGACAUUGUUGCACGAGAGGGAGAUGUACGAUGCCGUGCCACCAUUGUUGAUUGGCCUGGUCUUGGAUACUCUGACCGGCCGUCGCUCGAGUACAAUGCUGAUGUUAUGCAGAACUUCCUUGAGCAAUUUAUCAAUGCACCAGACGGUCCGUUGGCAAAUUCAGGAGGCGAGUUGGUCAUAUUUGGUGGAGGACAUGCCGCAACUAUUGCCCUUCGUGCGGCUGGAAAGGGUUCGAUCAAUCCAGCAUCCAUUGCGGCUGUUGCACCGACUUGGGCCGGUCCUUUACCUAUAGUCUUUGGUCGAGGUUCUGACAUGGAAACAAGGUAUGGACUCUUGCGGGGCACGCUGCGAGCACCUGCCGUAGGUUGGAUGAUGUACAACAUGCUCGUGAGCAACGAAAAGUCCAUCAAGUCGCAAUACGAAUCGCACGUCUACGCAAACCCUGAGAAUGUGACUCCAAGCAUCGUGGAGAGUCGGUAUGCAUUGACCAAACGGAAAGGCGCUCGAUACGUCCCUGCUGCUUUUUUGACAGGCCAACUCGACCCUGUGAAAUCACGCGAGGAGUUCCUCCAACUAUUUGCAGAAUUGGAAGGGAAGACCACUAUACUGGUCGUUUCCAGUGCCAACGCCCCCAAGAGAUCGAAAGCCGAGAUGGAAGCGCUAAAAGGCGCCGAAGGUGUGACUAAGUUUGUGGAGGUUCCGGGGGCCCUUCUUCCACAAGAGGAGUAUCCAUUAGCAGUUGCAGAAGAGUUAUACAAAUUCUUGGAGGAGCAGUUUGGUUCAAAACUCUGAAGAAUACAAGAGCCAGUUUUCUUCGAUACACAUAGUCGACAAAUCUAAAUUUUCUUCUAUCCUUUUUCAAUUUACCUCUUGAGUAAUCUAUGGAACUUAUGAAACCAUUUGAAAAUUAUGUGUUAGAUCUUAGAUGAAUCCUCUCUUUAUAUCAUCAAUUCAAUAUGCUGCCUUCAGAUAGGCAUGAUCAUGUUUAAGAAUAAAAGAUUAUGGUUUUAAUGUAUAUUUAGGUAUAUUAAUUAAUAAAUAAGUUACAACUGAGUCGUAUA